AGUGAUAAAAGACGCACCCAUCACUCGCCCUCGGCCACUCACUCAGCCACUCACCCACUCUGCUCCUAACCAUCCACAAUUUUAGUGCUUUGUAAUGGAGCGGCUAACUCUCUCCUUCUUCAUCUUCCUCCUCUUCCUCUCCCCAUUUGCAGAGAGUGGUUCGAUCGGAGUCAACUACGGCAGAAUCGCCAACGACCUCCCCUCCGCCGUCAAAGUCGUUAAGCUUCUCAAAUCCCACGGCCUUCAAAGGGUCAAAGUUUACGACACCGAUCCGGCGGUUCUCAGAGCACUCUCCGGCUCCGGCAUUAAAGUCACCGUCGAUUUGCCUAACGAACUCCUCUUCGCCGCCGCCAAACGCCUCUCCUUCGCCUACACUUGGGUCGAAAAGAAUGUGGCGGCGUAUUACCCUUCCACUGAAAUCGAAGCCAUUGCCGUCGGGAACGAAGUCUUCGUCGACCCGCAUAAUACGACGUCGUUUCUUGUUCCGGCGAUGAAGAAUAUUCACCAAGCCCUCGUCAAACACAACCUCCAUUCCGCCAUUAAAGUCUCUUCGCCUAUAGCUUUAAGCGCCUUACAAAACUCUUACCCUUCCUCAGCCGGUUCAUUCCGACCGGAGCUAGUCGAACCGGUUUUCCGGCCAAUGUUGGAGUUUCUCCGGCAAACUGGCUCUUAUUUAAUGGUUAACGCUUACCCAUUUUUUGCUUACGAGUCCAACUCCGACGUGAUUUCUUUAGACUACGCUCUUUUCCGGGAGAAUCCCGGCGUGGUGGAUUCCGGCAGUGGUUACCGGUAUUUCAACUUAUUUGACGCCCAAAUCGACGCCGUUUUUGCCGCAAUGUCGGCUCUUAAAUACGACGAUAUUAAAUUGGUGGUUACGGAAACUGGGUGGCCGUCGAAAGGCGACGAGAACGAGAUCGGCGCUAGUGUUGCAAACGCCGCCGCAUACAACGGGAAUCUGAUCCGUCGGAUUUUGAGCGGCGGUGGAACUCCGUUGAGGCCGAAAGCAGAUCUGACCGUCUAUUUAUUUGCCCUUUUCAACGAGAACAAAAAGAACGGUCCCACAUCGGAAAGAAACUACGGUUUAUUUUACCCUAACGAAGAGAGAGUUUACGACAUCCCGUUCACUACCGAAGAGUUGAAAGAUUACCACGACAAACCGUCCCCGGCGCCCGCAACCGGCGGAGACGGGCAGGCAGGUUCAGGCAGCGGCGAUGGCGGUGUAUCAAAGAGUCAAACCGGGAACACGUGGUGCGUUGCGAGUGGUGAAGCGGGUAAAGAGAAGCUGCAGGCAGGUCUAGAUUAUGCUUGUGGCGAGGGAGGAGCAGAUUGCCGUCCGAUCCAACCCAGUGCCACGUGUUACAAUCCUAACACUCUCCAGGCACACGCUUCAUAUGCUUUUAAUAGUUAUUACCAAAAGAACGCCCGCAAGAUUGGCACGUGUUACUUUGGCGGGGCGGCUUACGUCGUCACUCAACCACCUAAGUUUGGUAGCUGCGAGUUCCCAACUGGUUAUUGAAGAAUCUCAUUAAUGGGAGCAGUCGAAGUGUGGAAGGGAUCAUAGAAACAAAAACAAAUGGUUAACCUUUUAAGUUUGUUCUUAGAAUAUGAAACAGAAUUCUUUUGUAAUCCAAUUGGUUUGGAUAAUGGCGGUUGGGUUUUAAGGUUGUUUAAUGUUGUUGUAAGAGUUCCUUGUCUGUAAUUAUAACAUGUUCUGUUCUUCCUUGUUA